AUGCCGGCCACAUUAUUUUCUGAACUGGAAUUCUCGACCAACCAACACAACAACAAGGUCAUCGAAGACACCCGCGCCCUGCAAGUGGCCCUGGAACUCAGCAUGUUGUACAUGAACGGCGAACAGCGACAACAGAAGGUGGACAACAACACUCUGUCCGGCGGCCAGAACAUGGACCAAUCCUCGAUGGCACCCAAUUACAUUCCCCACGGAUUCCCGGAAGAACCGAGGAACAAGAAGAGCCAGAACAUGACCGAAUGCGUACCGGUGCCCAGUUCCGAACACGUGGCCGAGAUCGUUGGCAGACAAGGUUGCAAAAUUAAGGCUCUCCGCGCCAAGACCAAUACUUACAUUAAGACUCCGGUGCGUGGCGAAGAACCCGUAUUUGUAGUGACAGGACGCAAGGAAGACGUGACCAAGGCAAAGAAAGAGAUACUGUCGGCGGCCGAACAUUUUUCGCAGAUCAGAGCUUCUCGCAAGAACAUGGCUGGAACUCUGUCGCCGCCAGGACCUCCUAGCGUUCCCGGACACGUUACGAUCCAGGUUAGAGUACCAUACAGGGUUGUCGGUCUUGUUGUUGGUCCUAAAGGUGCGACCAUUAAACGCAUUCAACAUCAAACUGGCACAUACAUUGUAACUCCUUCGCGUGACAAGGAACCCGUAUUCGAUGUUACCGGCCUGCCAGACAGCGUGGAAACUGCCAAACGUGAAAUUGAAGCACAUAUAGCUCUACGCACUGGCAAUGGCAUGACUGAUGAAGAGAAUGGUGUCGCCCUAGCUGCCCUCUGCAAAGCCAACCCAUUGGCCGGUCUUUUUGAUCUUACAGACUCCAUGGGUCCAGCUAUAUUAUCCGGCAGUUCAGGAUGCAGCUCUGGUUCAGUAAGCUCAUGCGGUUCUGGUGUAUCAGCACUUGGUGACUUGGGAAACAUAUGGUCAGAUGAAGGAAUUGGCGGAGAAUCACCGUCGUUUGAGAAUGUUGGCCUCUGGGGAUUCAUGGGAUCGUCCAGACCAUCUCCUGCAAGUUCAACAUCUCCACCGCCUGCUAAGAAGACUUGUUUAGUUUGUCACAUGAGAGAUAUUGAUGCUGCUCUUAUUCCAUGUGGUCACAACUUAUUCUGCCUGGAUUGCGCAUCAAGCGCUUGCGAUUCAAACGGACUAUCUCACUGUCCGGUAUGUAAGAUACCUGCGCGUCAAGCUAUUCGCAUCAUCUCUUAA